GUAUGACAAUUCCUGAAUCCCACGAAUAAAUUACAGUAAAUUGUUAUGAAAUAAAUAAAAACGGUUCUAAAUAGUAUAGUGAAAAUUUAUUAUGAAUUUUCCAUUCAAUUUACUUAGUAUUAUUAGUGCCAACACAUAUCACUUAGACGCAUUCCUAUUGCAAUGCUGUGUUAUCGAUGAUAGAAUUUCAAUAUCACUAUUGUUUUUGAAUGACGUGUAAUGUUUCCAACGGCGGACACUGAAGAUAUUUUGCAGGUCACGUCAUUAACAACAAAGUUAGGUGCUACUAGCGAUGCCCAAAACUCGACUGAAAAUACUCAAGUCGCAACACAACAGAGCAACAGGGACAUAACACUCAAAAUGUUAAUAAAGGAGAUGAUAUUUUGCUUGGCCCUCGCUCUGACAACGUACGGGGCCCUACAUAACUCACCAACAAAGAUUUCCAAACACCCUCAAGCUACAAGGUUCUUUAGAUCAGACUCAAUAGUUCAAGAUUGGUACAGAGGUCAGCUUACUAAUGUACUGGCCAGUGUCAACCGUGUGGAUGUGUCUUUUGUCAUGUAUUAUGCUCCGUGGGAUGCAGAAUCUCAAUAUGUGAGAGGAGAAUUCGAAAAGGCUGCCUUGAUCCUUCAUGAUCGUGUUCAAUUUGCUGCAAUAAACUGCUGGAAUCCAGGCAGUGAAUGCAGAUUACAUAAUAACAAAAUAUCCUCAUGGCCUAUUUUAAUGGCAUACACAAGUAUAUCAACAGGAAUUUUCUAUUAUGGGCCUCGAGAUGCUCACAGUAUGGUUAACUUUUUAGAAUUAAUGAUUAAGCCGUUAAGACGAGUUUCAUCAUCGGAGGACCUCGUCAACUUAUUGUCGCGAUGUGAUGCGGUAGCAGUUGGGUACACACCGUUAACAGAAACUGCAAAGUAUUAUAACGUUUGGCAUACGGUCGCGUUGAAGGCGAGGGAGGCCGAUGUGAUCGGAGAGAUAUGCUUCGCCGCCGUGACGUCAGAGGAACUAGCUGCCGAGCUUGGCGUGGAGAGUGUGCCAAAUGCCCGCCUUAUGCUGUGGAAUGAUACUAAGGAAUACAUAUCGCGGGACGGGGAUUUGGAAGCGUGGAAUCAGUCAUCUUUAAUACAUUGGGUAUUAGAUAACUUUUCGCAACCAGUGGCGCGAAUAGUGCCGUUAUGGAGGAAAUCAUUUAACUUCGAAAGAUAUGUCAAUGGCAAUCCAAUACUAAUACUGUUUACACCACUUAAUCCUUUGUAUGAACAGCUGCCAUCUUAUUCUUUGUUACGUGAAGUAGCCAUGGAAUACUACAACUGUAAGAACAAGGACACCAGCCACUGGACGUCAGAGUUAGUGAAGUUACAACAAGUUCAAAGACUCCUCUAUCAACAGAAGAAUUACACGAAAUUCUGUAACGAGUUCAAAUUCAAGAAACCGGUCAGAAAACAAAAUCGUUUAGUAAAGAAAGGCGUGGAAUCGCAAAACAAUAAAUACCCGUGGUAUAAUUCUACUAAUAAACAUCAAAAGAAUGGAAUAUUUAAUUUUCUUUUAAAAAGAGGUUUCACUGCUUCUAAAGCAAUUGAAAGUGUUGAGGAAGGGUCGCAAUGGCUAUCUUCAUUAGAUUGGUUACAAGACUGUGGGAUGAAGGCGUUGCCGGCAGAAAGGAGUUUCUAUGAGCAUUAUGAACAAUGUCAAACGCUUGAAGAGUCCUUCAGUCCAGACCCUGAAGAAACUCCAGAAACAGAAGAAAUAGAAACAACAAUGUUACCGUUUGAAGACGAUCCACUAUCAUCAGAAAAUCUCCUAGAAGACAGUGUCAACCACUUUUGUAAGGUACUCAGAUUUGCCCACGAAUGGGGUCCACCAAUAUACCCUACUGGGGCCUUGAACAUAGAUGAACGUCGAACAAAUAUAACGCAUAUAGAUGGAAUGUCUUGCGCGCGCAACUUCAGUCUGCAAAUGAUCGCGAUUGAUAGUGUCAGAAACCACCAUUUUGCUGAAUCCCUUGGAAUAGAUAUUACUAAUAAGAAGGAUAUGACUGCCGUCGUUAUAUUGGAUAAUAAGCAUGAGAGCCAGUUCUUAUUAUCAGAGGAAUACAACGCGAAGUCAAUAAGAGAAUUCAUAUCAAACUUUACGAACAAAAGUCUGAAGCGUUCCCUUCGUUCCCACGUGUAUGAUACGAUGCAUACACAUUACUUCGGCUCGGAUGGUACGUCUGAACAGAUGGGCAUCAGUGAGAACUCCGUCUAUAUUGAAGAUCUUACCUCAAGAACAUUUAGAAGAAUGGUGAAGACACCGGGGAUGAUGUCCCUGGUGGCGGUAUGCGGCGGGGCAUGCAGCGCGCGAGUGUCUCGUGCGCUGGUGGGCGCGCGGCGGUUGCUGGCGGGCUGCGGCCUGCGCCUGCGGCUGGCGCGGCUGGACGCGCUGCGGCACGACCUGCCCUGGCACUACACCGUGCAUCACUACCCCACGCUACUUGUAUUCCCAGCGCACAGGCGAGGCGAGGCGGACAGUGAGUCAUAUCCGGGGGAGGCUCGCAUUACGUCUGCGGGCGCGGUGGCGCUGGCGCUGCGGUCGCUGGCCGCGCCGGAACAUUUGCGAGUGAGGAUCGCGUUAUGUGCUGCGGUGCUGAGCCACAACGAAAAGAAGACAUGUUUAAAAGAUAUAAAAGAACACGCGACGUCAGUUAUAAACAAAAACCUCAGACACUGGCGGCAGAUUGAAGACAGAGAACUUAAAGAAGCCUUAUUUAAAAGACUGCAACACUUACACACACUCGCGUUGGACCUAAGUUUAUUCCACGUGACUGAUCUCAGUGAAAAUAGUGUGAAACAAGUGUCCCUAUCCAACACCCUUAGUGUACUAUCAAAGAACUGGGACAUCAACACUUCAGCGUUAAGAAAAAAUGCCAAUGUCUCAUCACUAAGCAAAACGAGUUGAUAUUAGUUGUAACCUUGUAAAUAGUGUACAUUGCUCAUAUAGAAAUAUGUAACUAUGUUAUUUAUUUUUGAAGCCCGAAGUACUAUUAAAUGUUGAAAACAAACGUGA